CACACACACACGAGCAGCCGGAGAUUUCUGAGAAUGAGCGUCGGCUGCAGCACGAGCGAAAGACGCGUCUCCGCGCGACGUCAGACUCUCAACGCGUGCAAACGCGUCAGGUCAACUAAAGGGGCAUCUAAAGCCCGUCGAGACCACAUCAAUGGAGAGAUCCGGACCCUCCGGGCACUGUUGCCCAUCUCCUCUGAAGACCAGGAGCAGCUGUCGUACCUGCACUCCAUGUCUCUCAUCUGUACCUUCAUCAGGAAGUCUGUGAUGCUCCAAGGUACUCAUACACAUGACAGCAGCGGCACUUCCCUGCCGUGCGAGACUUUCCUGCAAACGUCCGGAUUCAUUGUUGCUUUGAGCAGAGACGGGACGCUGCUGUAUGUGUCUGAAACUGUGUGUGACUAUCUGGGCCUGUCCAUGGUGGACGUGCUUCAAGGAGACUCGUUCUAUGAUAUGAUAGACGGCCAUGAUGUGGAAACUGUGCAAGAGCUUUUGAGAGACGCCGACGCUUCAGCAGAGCUCAGUUUGGUGUGCCGGAUGAGAACAUCGAAAGUGUUCCGGAGCCAGUUGGGCAGCUGCUGCUCCAUGUUGGUGAGGGGGCGUUUCCUGGCCGGAUCUCCGAACUCCUCGCUGUUCGUGGCUCUCUGUACGCCCACCGCAGACAGACUGAAGGACGGAGAGAUUCACAGCGACUCCAUGUGCUUCCAAACUCUCCACACGGCAGAUAUGAGCUUCAGUCGCGUCCCCUACUGUGUCGUCUUCCACCUGGGUUUCUCCGCGGAAGAGCUGAUUGGCCAGUCGUGGUACCGCCUCCUGCACCCUGAUGACCUCACAGCCAGUGCGUCCUGCCACGAGCGUCUCACAGGAGACGACGGAGACUCAGAAGUGCAGCUGGUUGUCAGACUGCAGUGUAAAGAUCUGUCAUGGCUCUGGAUCUACACGCGGGCAACUAUAGAUCCAGACAAACAACUGAUCACCUGCGCCAACCACGUGAUCAGUGAAGCGGAGGCCGUGUAUCUCAGACAGAAGCUCUACAGCAGUGUGUGUCCGCGCUCGAGCUCAAUGAAGAGACACGGAGAGAGCGACGGGUCAAGAAGGAAGAUCCAGAGAGUCUCUGAGAACACUGAUCAAUACAGCCGAUCAUCUGUCACUAUUGAAGACCAGCCCGCGUUCUUCUCCACCCCUCCAUACAGCCCCACUUCCUCUCACUCUUCUGACUUCCUGUCUGAAGUAUCCGAUCCGUUUGAGCAGCUUAUAUGUGACUGGAGUUCUGCUUCUGAAUCGUAUAAUUUCUCUACAGCGAGUUCUCCGGCGAGUUCUCACGAUGAGGCGUUCCCUCUUGACGUGUUGAGUUUGGCGUCUCACUUGUACUCUGACUCGCCCGCUCACAUGCCCGUCUGUGUGACUGAUACCCACCUGGUGCCCGUGUAUCAGCCUGACGGUGUUUUCCACCAAGAGGAGUUCAGUUUGUUUCCCUUGACCCAAACACCAGGGCGCUCCAGCACUCAUUCAGACCACGACGAUGCCAGGCUGCUCACCCGGACGUCGCCUAGCGCCGAGCUACACUUCCGCUACAGCCCGACGGAAAGGCAUGAAAUCAGCAUCCUCGCCCAUCAGAUCUGCUCACUCGCCAACAACUUUGACGUGUACGGCACACCGGAGUCACUUCCUGCCAACUUUGCCCUCUGCUGGCUGCCUGUAACCUCACAGCCAACCGGACCCGAGCCGCUACUGGACGAGAGAGUCAUAGAGAGCUUUCUGCAAGAUCUCGAUGUGAUCUCAGAGAAACAGCCCGACUGUGUUUGGAAUGAGCUGCAGGGCGUCCUGGCGGGCGCAGGUGCCCAGCUUCAGACUCUCUCUGUGGGCAUGCUGAAACACACAGGACCCCUCGAGUCGUUCUCAUCAGAGACAGGCAUCAGCACACACGACGAGUUGAAUCAACUCAAUCACGUUCUGUAUGAUGCCACCAACCGAGAUGGACUUGCCGAAGAAUCCAUGUACUAAAGGAAGUCUGUGACUUACAGGAUUGACCCCAGUAUGGCAUAUUGCCAUGGCAACCAGUGGAAAACUCUUUACAUCAGCUGAUAUAAUUAAGUUUAGGAGGCAACAGCAAUCAUUCCUAUUUCAGUCUGUGAGUCACAUACAUGUGAAGCACAUUUUAAAUGAUUAAACACAUAUUUUACUCCUUGUGUUGACUGUGGCACAAUGUCAUUAAUUUCCGUUAUUAUAUACCAUGAAUAAAUAAGCUACUAUGCACUUACUCCACGUUCUGCUGUAGACGUAAAGCCACAUACAGAGAAAACAAUGUAAAAUAUGGUGGAAAAUUAUACUUUGAAUAAUAAUACGAUUAAACUAUCUACCUCAUCAUCGCCUAAAAGUUUUGAAAUCAUUCCAGACACUCUUUUAUAGAGUCUUAAUGUUUGGUUGUAUAUUUAUUUUUGUAGUUUAUUUCAAUUGACCAUUUGUACAUGAGCAAGAUGUUCCUUUUGUACAUUUUGCUCUCAUGUAUGUAUGUUUAUCUGGCAGUGAACAAUCAGCCUUAUAUUUGUGCUCUAAUCUAAUGUUUAGAGUCAACAUGUUAUUUAUAUAUUUUGCUGUUGUUUUUAUUUGUAUUAUGUACAUUAAAUAAAGAUGUUA